AUGAAGGCGUGUAACUCUAGAAAUGAUUUAAGGUCAGCAAGGGUUCAAUUCCGUUUGCUAUUAGUUAAUGACUUGCCAGCAAUAGAUGUCAUUUACCACCAGGCAUGCAGCGUAAAUUUUCGAAAAGGUGACCCGAUCUCAAAAGUACCAAAAUAUUCCAAAGACGAAUUACGUUACAAACCUCUUGGUCGUCCUAUGGAGAAAGACAAGCUAGAUGCUUUUCCGGAAGUAUGUAAGUGGUUUAAAGAAAAUGAUGAGCCAGUUUGUGCCCAGCAGCUGGUUAUUAAAAUAAAAGACUUUCUACCAGUUGGUAGUGAACCAUAUAGUGAACGCCACAUGCUGCAGAAGCUCAAAGAACAUUUUUUUGGGAAUAUCAUCGUUUUCUCGAAGUAUGGAUUGCCUAAUAUGAUAACUAUAGGUAAAACAGUGGCUGAUAUUAUUUUGAAUUACCAGAAGAAGAAAAAAUUAGAAGACCCCGAAUCAGAGAAAUAUCAUCUGAUUGAAGCAGCAGCAAAACUGAUCAAAACGGAAAUCAAACUAUUAUCAGCUACAACGAAGCACUAUCCCUCGUCAUCAGAGAUUGCAUCUGAACAGGAAAAUAAAAAGUUGUUGCCAUCAGUUUUGCAACAUUUCUUGGAUAAAAGAUGA